AUGAAGAUGGUCUAUGAUACCAUCGUACAGCCAGCGGCAAUUACGAUAGCUCCAAGAGCUAUUCCGGACACAGACCACUUCUGGUGGCCACGCAUUUGGAUCUAUGUCCCCCAAUUUGGCAUCGAAGUCCGCCACCUGCUUGGACAGCAGCCUUGGGGCCAACAAGCAUUCUUCCUCACCAAUGUUUGUGGGCACAAGGAUGCCAGCUGUCAUGAUGCACAACCUCAGAACAAACCAGAUGAGGUCUUCAUCACACAUUCGGAGCAUGAACUGGCCAGGAUGACAGCAGGACUUGAUCUCGAUAUGCUGAGCAGUAUGGAUUCAGAGGAGGAAAGUUGCUAUGUCGACAUCGGGAUUGAAGUGACAGUUCCAGGACAUACAGUCUGUUGGCAGACUGAUGGGCAUGAACACAUGGUUCAGAUGAUCAUUCCAGGCUGGAUGGAGAGGGAAUGCCACCAUCGCACGCAGUGGGGAUAUGACCGGUAUCGACAGGAUCUCCUUGCCCAGUUCACAGACAUCUCAGGGUUCCGGCUUGAACCUGUAGCUUGGCACAACACUCACAGCAUAACAUAUCUUAACGUCUAUCACACAGAGAAACAGCUCACCUACCAGCUCGCUGGGAGGUCAGUCACCAAGGAACUUGGUGCAGAUGUUAUCCUCAACUCAAAGGCUCCUGAUGGGGGAUCAAAAUGGUUCCAAGGGAUGUAUUCGUUGUAUGGAGAAGCAGCCCAGAAGAAGUUUUCAGGUGCAGCCCACUUCGAAGCAUGGCUUCCCAUUUGGCAUGUCCACUCUGUGCUCUGCACACUCCCUCUACAGUCUCUGCUCUGGGCCACGUUGGUCAUUCCAGCGGAUAUUCUGUGCAGGACAGUGGUAGGGAGCCUUGCAUCCAAGGAGAUGUCCUUGGCUUUGAGGGCAGCAGCACUGUGGAUGAUGAACGCCCUCAACAGUCGGCCAAAAGACGACCCCACAUUCAAGGCCCUGGCAGACUAUGUGCUUCCACACAUGGAAGAUGGCAGCCAGGGAUCAUGGGCGGGAGCCAGAAGAGGGGAGGAAGGUGAUGGCAACGAAAUCGAACGGUUCAGUUACAUGCCAUUCGGCAUGUUCAUGACUCGGGCUCUGGUGCUCCAGCCUGAGACUGAUUGUCCUCGAUUGGAAUAUUCCCCAUGGCGAUGCAUAUCCAGGGAUCAUUGGCCAUUUUUACUCAAGUAUGACCUUCAGACACUCUGCCUAAAGACCUCAAAGAUUCAGCUGAUUGCUGAGAGGCACCCUGACCACGUUCCAUGGAGCACAUGCCCUACAGGACUCAUCGAGGAGCCACUGAUCCAUGGAGGUGCCGAUGACUCUUUCAAUCUUGAUGAUCUGAGGGAAGCACUUCUUGGAGGUGGAUAUGACCAUGUCAAUGAUCUCCCUUGGGCACAGCAAACGACUGCAGAAACAAAGGAGAUGGGGGAGAUGCUGAAGGAAAUUUGGUGGUCAUUUCCACGAGAUUUAUUGGUCAAGGCACCAGGGGUCAAGGGUGGUAGAGGAGCACACAUCUGA